AUGCCUUUAAAUAUAUCAUGGGAAAGGACUUCAAAACAAUUAUGGUGUGUGGUGACAAUGCUCGUCAUAGUGAUAGUGACGGAGGUGGUGGCUUUGAGCGGACCAAAUGUUUGCACAGUUCAACAGAAAUACAACAUAACGAAACGUGUGAAGUACCGCGCGCCGAUGUCCAUCAGAACCUACGAGUGGUGCUUCUCCAUGCCGCCCAGGUGCUCAAAGUGGAGUACUGAGAUGCGCGACCUCACUAGACUUGAGACUGAGGUACGCAUAGCCGAGGUGGCCGUGUGCUGCCCAGGGUAUAAAAUGAAGGACGUCUCCUGCGUACCGAUUUGCCCCAACGGGAAGACUGGACAAGGGUGUACUCAGGAUUGUCCUCCAAAUAAAUGGGGUCCAAACUGUGUAAACAAUUGCACAGAGUGUGUUAACGGUGAAUGUGAUCCAAGUACCGGAGAAUGCGAUUGUGAUGACGGAUGGCAAGGUGAGAGUUGUCAAACCAGAAUGUCUACAAUUCCGGAACCACCCGCUUUGAUGGAGAAAUUACUAACAACUACUAAAUCUUCCGUUAAGACGUUUCCCACUACUGUAUUAACUGUACCGACAACUAGUAUUGCCAUGACUGAAAUCCCUGUCACAACUUUUACAACUCCUCAAACAACAACUACUACAUUUCCUACUACAAAGACGACAUUCACAACAAAAAAGACUGAAACAACACCGACAACUUCAACAACUUUGCUAAUAAAGAAAACUUCAAUUCCCAUGGUGACAAAUUUAACUACACAUCUUACAACAAUGGAAAUAGAAAGUAAAACCGAGCAAAUAGCCGAAGUUCCCAAAGUAAAUGUACCAAAUUUUAUAUAUAAUCGAACUGAAACUCCAAUGGAAGGUACGUCAACUGUCUUAUCUACUGAGCAUGAAUCUUCGACAAUGGUGAAUAUUCCAAUAACAACUAAAUCUCCCACAACUCCAUUACGAACUACUACCACUGUUAUUGCUAGUGUUCCAACCACUACUAUUGCUCCAUCAACUACCACUAUUACUACCUCUACCAUUUCUACGACGACAACUUCCACUACCGACAUAAGCACUACCCUAUCGAAAUUAACUACAAUCUUACCGGCGCAAAAGGAAACCACAAAAAUCGAAAUUACCAGAGAACGUGAAAUUUCUUCUAAAAGUCAUCCUACUACGAUAAAAUUCAAACCGAAGGAGAUAUGGAUAAGACCAACUCAAAAAGGUGAACUGACAUUUGUUGAAAACAAAUUAAAACAUAAUCAUGAUCAAUUAAACACAAAAGUCAAGAGUGCUACUAAUAAAAACGAAGCUAUCUCAGAAAAUACGACACCACGGACCAUUAUUGUAUCUAUAAUACCAACAUCAGUAUCCCACGCGACAUUCAAAAAAAUAGCGUUAACUACUGCAUCAUAUAUGUCAAAGAAAAGCAACGUGUCAUUAAUAUUUCAAAACAGAACAGAACAAGGUUUCACUAAAUCUAUGACAUCACAUGUAUCUACCGUUACUCCAUUCACUAUAAAAGUACUAUCGACAAUCAACGCAAAAAAUUUGGGUUUUCAUAAGACAACAACUAAUAUACCACAAAACAAUACAACUCGAAGACUGGUACCACCCACAUCAAAGAAAACAUUAACUACAAUAGCUACUGAUAAACAAACUUAUAUAACUAAGUCAAUUGUGAAUACAACUUUGGCAACUAGUAGAACAACUAACAGCAUGCCAAGCACGACGAAUGGAGUUAUUAAAACGCUGAAUUCUUCUAACUCUCUAACAAAUAAACUUUCAACUAACAAACAAAGUGUUCAUAAAAAUAUGUCACAUGAAAUAACAAUCGUUCCUCCGAUAAAUAAAAAAUUAAAACCGAUACUCGUAAAGGACGAAGCGAAAAAUAGAUCACAUCAUAUUAUUAACACUAAUGAAACAAAAGAAUUACCUGAAAUAAAGUUACAAGAAAAAGCUAAAUCAUUCAAUGGGAAUGCUGAAAAAGCUAAUCUUACUAAAACAGGUUUUCCAAAAAUUAAUACUUACAAAAUAACCACUCGUGAGCCACCUGAAGACGAAACUUUUCAUAUUUUGACAGAACCAGAGCACAUAACGGCUGUAAUGAGUGAUAGGGAUAAAGAACAUACUUCGAUGGACUUGAUAUCCGUGAUAAGUAUAGCUGGUGGGGUAAUGAUGGCUGUCAUCACGGUUGCAGUUAUUAUAGUGAUGAUAGAGAGGUGCAGAAGGCCUAGAUAUGGCGAUGUGAGGAAAAUGAACGAUAUGCGAAUGCAAGUAAUGUUGGAUGACAAAGAUGUUCCACCUCCGUACGUGAGGAGCAUCUUUCAUACACCUCUACCAGACCCUCCACAUUCUGAUAAAUGCCAUUACCAACCUAUAUCAACGCUAGACAGAAAUUUAAAACAAUUUAUGAGACCUGUCGUCGUGCAAACAAUUUCACCAGUUAUGUUAGAAAAUUUUAGAGGAAUUUUGGAAUGUCAUUACGAUCAUUUACCAAGGAGAAACCACGAUUUUGGAACAAUGCCGACUCGUUCUUCGGUGUCGCCAUCUAUGCGAUGUGAAGAGGAUCUACUGAUACAGCGGCCGUUGUCUGUCGCUGACUACACUAUCGAAGCUUUAAAAUGUGAAGCAAAAAUGGAUGUCAUAGAUAACACGACUUCAGAACCUUUAUACGCAGAAAUCCCUUGUUGGCGGCCGCCUUCAGAGCACGCAAUAGCCGUGGUUAAUCUAAACGGUGAAGCUGUAACGGAAUUAUGACCGCGUCAUAGUUACAAUUAACAACAUAGUGUUCAUUAGUGUCGCUAGAUGGCGCUGUUUUAAGCUAAUUUAGUUUACUUUAAUAUUGCUAGAUAGCGUUAUUCUAAUAAAUAAUAUAAGUAGAAUAAAAUUUAGUAUUUUAAACAAAAUAUAAAUUAAAUGAAAAAACAA